CAAAUCUCCGUUGAACGAAUCGAAGCACGAAUCGCGAAAAAAAUACAGCAGUGAUCAAAAGAUCAAAUCUCUAUAGAACGAAUCGGAUCAUUUCUGUGUCCAAAGAUUCCCAUUGUGAAAAUAGAUUAACAAGGUGCUUUAGCCGUUGUUUUUAUUUUCAGAUUAUUUGCAAUCAUUUUUUCUCUUAACUUUUAGCUCGGGAGGUGCAUUUAGAGGACAUUAAAACACUUUGAGUUGUUUUGUAAACAAACGCACGACUGUUAUGUUUGAGCGCGCCGCAAUGAAUUUCAAAUGAGCCGAGCUAGCUGUUGUCAGCGGAUCACAAACAUGGCGGAUCAAGAGGACGAUGACUCCGAGUUUGAACGGCAAGGAAGCUUGGAACGGGAGAGUGUAAGCACUGAGAGUAGUUACGACGAAAGCCCGUUAAGUCCAAGAAGUGAAGAUUCGGACUGGGGCUUCGGUGCGAAUAAAAAUGCCGGUUUAGCGCACGUCUUCGACCCUGAGAAACAACGUAACGAGUUGAUUAAUGCCGAGAAAAAAGCUUCCAUCGUUGACUGCCUUUUGUUUGAAAUUUACGACCAGUAUCACAGCAGAGACUCUGUGGACAGUGAUAAUGUUACCGAGUGUUCCACCACAUCGGGAAGCUUCUACGGUGGUUCUUUCGACCUUGAGGAACGCGGAGAAAGUUGGACAAGAAAUGAACUCUUAGGCAAAGAUACAGAUGAGCUGAGAGUCAUUGCGAAAGAGAUGCGAACGAGAAUAUCCAUGUUGUCGACAAAAUUAGUCAAACAGCUGAAGAGAAGGGACAAACACGCUUACAAACUGCAAAGAAACUUCGAUGUUUUAACGGCGAUUCUCCAAGCGGUUUCGCUGAAAAGACGAGUGGAUACAAAAAUCAGAUUUUCCUUCAUCCCUCAAAGUGGAAAGAAGGCCUUUAAACAGUGGCUUGCUGCUUUCAAAGCCAUUGCUAGGCAAAAGGAAGGUGUACCAUCACAGUGGAGAAGAAGGCUGUGGUUAUGUCUGGCUGAGAGCAAGAUAAAGGAUUUGGACUGGGAGAAAACAGCCAAGUUUUGUUUUAAUGAGAAGAGUAACCCAGAUGAUGAUGAUCUGGGAUCACAGAUAGUCAAGGAUCUCCAUCGCACCGGCUGUAGCUGGUUUUGUGGUCAGGACACUCCAGAAGAGAGAGCCUCCCUGAAGCGAGUUCUGUUAGCCUAUGCCAGGCGUAACAAGGCUGUGGGUUACUGUCAAGGGUUCAAUGUCAUUGCAGCGUUGAUUCUUCAAGUCAUGGAAAGAAACGAGGAAGAUGCACUGAAGGUCAUGGUUUACGUCAUUGAUCACGUGCUACCCACCAACUAUUUUGCAAACAAUCUGCGCGCGUUGUCUGUCGACAUGGCGGUGCUCCGUGACUUGAUGCGAGCGAAGCUGGAGAGGCUUUCCAAGCACCUAGACAGCUUACAAGCGCAAGCUUUGUCACAGAAUGGUUCAAACGCCAUGUAUGAACCGCCCUUGAUCAACGUGUUCACCAUGCAGUGGUUUCUAACACUGUUUGCGACAUGUCUGCCCGAGGAGACUGUGCUUCGCGUGUGGGAUUCUAUUUUGUUGGAAGGCUCUGAGGUGCUUCUAAGAGCUGCUGUUGCUAUCUGGGGUAAACUGGGAGAGCGCCUCGAGGACGUGGAGACUUCAGACGACUUUUACAGCACAAUGGGUUUACUUAUACAAGACGUUUUGACUGGAAAUGUCAUAGAUUGUCAAACAUUAAUGCAGGAGGUGUACGCUCUGGCGCCGUUUCCUUUACCAGGCUUAGCAGAGCUUCGAGAACAGUACACUUAUAACAUCAAUCCGUUUUCGGAUGCUUCCGGCGAUAGGAACCCGCGAUCAGCACUGGGGCGCGGUUCAAGUGACGAAGAAGAGGACGUUGACGACCUGGAAGGAGUCGGUUGUCUAGGGGCUUUGUUACCAUUCUCGGAAUUUGCCCCUGGCAACGGGAUCAAGGCCUUAGGUCCUGGCGAUACGGAUGUGAAUGACAUAGCAGCUGCUAGCCCUGGUGUGUUUGCUACUGACGGAUAUUCGCCGCUACCUUACACUACAAAGCAGUUCGGGUCUAGAGGAAGUCGAGUUCACGAAGAGAUGUCUUACUUGCAGAAGCAGUAUGCCAGGAUGCGGCAAAUGCAACAGAAUGCUGUAGUAGUGUUUUCUGAGGCUACAGUGCAAAAUAUACAGGAAUCCGAAAAACGAAAGAGCAUCCCUGCCGCUAUAAACCAUCUGCUUGUCUCGGCCACUAAGAAGAAGAUUAAAACUGCUAGAGGUCAUUUUGGGGUUAAGAAAGGAAACGAAGCGAAAACCAGCGAAAGGCUGAGUGUUGAUGAUGCGACGGUUAAUCACAAAGGUGAGGCGAAGCUUGAAGUGAAACCGAAUGCUUACGAGAAGGAAAGCAUGCAGCAUUUGAACGAGUUGUUCAAAGGAGAUCAGAAAGAACGAAAAGAGGUCAGACAGAUCACAGAGGAGGAACACCCUACAAAGACUGCUAUUAAAGAUGUCGAAACUGCUAGUAAAGAAGUAGAAACUGCAAGUAAGGAAGUCGAAACUAAAAGGACAAAGGAGAAGUUUUCAAGUGAAAAGCAAAACGAAGAGAAGAAAGAUCGAGUUGUGGAUGAAAAACCAGCUAAAAAGGACAAGAAAGUCACGCCGUUAAACACGCGUAAAAUCCAACAUGUCGGAUUAAACGGCGAAGUAUCAUCGUUAGAAACUGGAAAAUCCAAGAAAAAUCCGUCUGUAGUAUUCGGAUUCAAUUCUGGUCGUAAACCGCCUAAAGUUACGGUUGUGGAAUCCUCAUCAUUGAAAGUGACCGCCGCGAACAAUGAAACGCCUCUAAGACCUGUGAAGGUCGUGGACAGAAAGAGCGCUUCUGUUCUCGAUACGGGUGCGGGUACCUUCAGUGGUACCGGACGGGUGUUUACCCGCUCGAAUCACGGGUCGAGUAACUCUAACAACAGUUCGUGGCUAAUGGAGGAAGACAAGAGAUGUAAAUAUCCCGAUAACUUCAGACCAUUUCCUCAGCGAAACAAGCAACCGAGCAGAAGCCGGAUUCUUUACGGUAACUUGUCGGACAAAGGUGCGAAGCGAAUGGACGCAUUUCAGAGCAGAAAGGAAACUCGACAAGGUUUUAACGGAGUUGCUGUCAAUGGGACAACAGAUAGCAAACGAAGUUAGCCUUAACAUUACUUUUGCUGACUUUUGAAUGAAAUCACGAAAUUUUAUCAACGAACGUAACUCAAAAAAUGAUCUCUCGCACAGUCGAAGGAGCGAACAUUCGGAGUUUCCGUAAUGCUUCCGUUCGGAGAACGAGCGAGAAUCGGAAACUCUUCGAGUCCGAUGAUUCGCUACACGUGACGUGACUUUCGGACCGCCCGUGCUACUUCCGAUUUGACAACUAGAAUCGUUAACUCUUCGGCUGCGACAAUUUACAAAAAACGGCAUGAGAUGUAACCUGAUCCUCGUAGGAAAAGAUGGCGCCUGCACAUUUUACUACAAUACCAUGCGAGCAUCACCACUGAGGAAAGCCAUAUUUUUGCGAUAUUUCUCGCCGUGCUAACGACACUGUAUAUGUUAGGUUUGAAGAUUUUGGAACUUUUCUGUACGUUUUUAUGGGUGUUGUUUAAGUUUUCGAGCGCUAGGUAUUUUUGGUAAAUGAACCAGUCGCCAUCCUUUUUCCUACCGAGGAUUAGAAACGAUAAUUUUUAUUUAAGUAGUGUUCGGUUACUAUGUUGUCCGUAAAUGGCACUCGUUCCGGAGACUGUGCAUAGGUCGUUGUUGUAAGGCGUUUACAGGCAAAAUGUGAAAGUUCAUCGCAAGCAUACUCAAACGAAAAUCGUGUUAUCAUGAGUAGAAGCCGGAAAUGGUUUUUAUGUGACAACCCGAACUAACAGACAAAGUUGGAUAGCGAGAGAACGGAAAAAAAGAGUUGAGAAGUAGAAUUUAUGAUUAGUUUCCACAACAACCAGAAUUAACACAAUAAUUAUCCUAAAAUAUUUUAUAAUGUACCUUAAUCAUUCAAAGAUAAAUUAGAAUGUCAUAACUUACAUAUAUAUAAAUCAUCAAUUCAGUGGUAUAGGAUGGGAAUUACAUUUUCGACGGGGGGGAGAUUCUGACUGAAAUUUUCAGAACUUUGAACAUUUUCUGCUGGUUACAUGUUAGUUAGUUUCAUUCUUUUCCCUCAUUCUUUAUACUCGGCAGGAAUUUUUCUUUUCAUUUGUUGCUCUCCUUCCUCAAAAAUGCAAUGGUCCAUCCUUCAUUAAAAUUGGAGGGCCAUAUUUUUUAGGGUAAAACAAUUUUCAUGUCACAUCUGUGGGUUACUAUAUGUAUAAAAUAGUGAAAAUUAUUGUAAAAUGAGUAUAUUUUUGGAGGCCUUUGGAACUCUUUCAUGCCUUUUAUGCCUUAUGCCCAUGUAUAUCUCAUGUAUUUAAACUGUAAUUGAAAAUAUAUUUAAAAUAGGCCUUAUCUUUAAGGUGCUAGUAUUUAAGGGCUCGGUUAAUUAGAAUAUUGAACAUUACUUGAGGUGUGUUUCAUCUGUGACUUAGGCUUUCUUAUCGCGAGUGUUCACACGACUUCACGGUGGCCAUAUCAGUGUACCGAAUCAAUGAAAAGGCGGCCAUGUUGGGCGCCGAAGGAAUUUGAAAACGGAGUUUUCACUCUGAGAACAGUUAAAAUGUUUUCGUCUGCACUACGCCGGAGAAAUUUGAUUUGUAAUUUUAUAAGAUGUACAUGACAUAUUUAUUCCUAGAUGACAAACGUGAAGAAAUCAAAGGCUAGUAUGGAAAAGACUGUGUGAAAGAAUAGGACUCAGAAGGACAUAAACCGAAAGUCAACAAACUGAACUAUUUCAUUGGUUUAGAAAAGAUAAAAUAAAAAUUUACCUUGAAAUAAUGUGAGAGUGUGAUUAUGUUCAUUGCCGAAAUUAUUUCAGUUGCGUCUUUUGCAUCAGUGUAAUGAACUGUGUUAAAGAAGUUUUAAAUGCUUACACAUCAUUUAAAUGCUUAUACAUCUCCCUGAAAAGGGUGAGAAGUUAUCGCGAAGCUGGUCAAGUACAUAAUAGUGUUCUCGAAUCGUAAGAAGCCCCUUGGCCAUCAGCGAGGUUUCUCUUAAUCUGAAAUAAUUGAGCGAUAAUUCAACGUCUAAUAGCACGGAUAAGAUUCGCGACUGCAUUCUUGUUCCGUGCUUUCGAUCAUUUCUGUGAGUGGAUUACAAUAAUCCGUUGAAAAUUCCCGCAAAGGCGUCUUGUUCCUCGUGAUCUUUUUCACAACUAGAAAAG